AUGUCUAGUUGCAGGACGAGUAUUGUGUCCAUCCUCAACAAUGAUGAUAAUCCAUCUUUUGCGGUCCGCUCCGCUCCUAGACAUAGUCGGACCCAGACAUCGCCAUCAUAUUGCCCACCUCGUUCAGAGCACCUUUCCCCGCCCGUCAGCGAGCCACCGUACACUCGUCCCGACGUUGUCUCUGAAUCUCCAGCAGCAUCACCGCGGGGGAACAGGCAUCCUUUUGACCCAGUGACUGAAGCCGUUCAACCUGUUUCGCCUGGGUCCUCCGAUGGCUCAGCUUAUGACUAUAUCACGAGCCAGCCAUCGGCUUACCACCCGUACGCUCGGCAGGAUCCGCGACGGGAUCCGUACCGAUUCCCUGGUCGUGGCCCAGCAACUCCCCGAACACCGCCCGAAACGCGCUCGAGCACAUCGGAAACGACAUCUCAGACCGGAGCGACUCGUGGCACGGGGCGAAAGAAUAAAUACCCGUGCCCCUAUGCCGCGAGUCAUGGAUGUUCUGCGACGUUUACGACCUCGGGUCAUGCUGCACGCCACGGCAAGAAGCACACUGGCGAAAAAAGUGUACAUUGUCCGAUUUGCAACAAAGCAUUUACCAGAAAGGACAACAUGAAGCAGCACAUCCGGACCCACCGCACCCACUCGGACGAAAUACGCUCUGUAUCGGAGCCGGAGAAUGAUGUUCGGUGGACGACGGCUCGUCCCGAAGCAUACGCUCCGGCCUCUCACCAGCGCAAUAUCAGUCAACCUCUGGAGGCAGGUGUACGGCCUCCCCCUGGACCUGGCCCGCAGGCGCUCUAA